AUGCAGUAUGUGCGAACAAUUCGCGAGCUCUCUUUGACACAGCAUUCCUUGGUUUUGUUUGAUGCAUCUGAAGAGAAUUGUGGAGUGUUUCAUUCCUCGCUACAAUGGAUUCGAAUCGCAGUCAUUGACACAGGAAUCGGAAUUCUGAAAGAAGACUUGACUUCGCUGUUUGUUCCAUAUAAACAAAUUCGAAGUGGAGAAACACAGAAAGGACGAGGGACCGGAUUGGGAUUGAGUUUGUCCUUGUAUAUUGUCUGUCUACACCAAGGAAUCAUUCGCGUGAUUACCGAGCCUCAAGUUGGUUCUACGUUCGAAAUCUAUCUCCCCUUAACGAAAAUGGAUGGAAAUGUCGUUCCUUCCGAGCAGGAUACGAUCCCAAGGGUGAUUGAAGAGAAGAUCGAGACUAUUGCCGUUGUGGAUGACCAGUUAUCGAUUCGCCAGCUCGUAAAAUCGUGUCUCAAACGGCUUGGAUACACUUGUACCCUCUUCAAGAAUGGGGAAGAAUUCUUAGAUUCUGUUCAUGAGGGAAACACAUUCGAUUUGGUAUUGCUGGAUUAUGAAAUGCCUGGAAUGAAUGGAGGUGAGGUGACGAAGAUUCUGCGCCAAGAACAAUAUUCAGGGAGGAUCGUUGGGUUGACGGGGAAUACGAUGAGCGAGCAGCGCGACGCUUACAUACGAUGUGGUACCGAUGGUUAUAUGUGUGUGUUAAUCAAACAGGAUUGA